CUCAGACAAAGAAGAAGAAGGAAAAUGCGUUUCAGGGUUGUUUGACAGACACACUUGCCCUCCUUGUUGAAACCAUUGAGAUUUAUGCUCUCUGAGAAGCUAGAGGAAGCAAAUGGCAUCCAGAAGCUCCGGUACUCAACAAAUAUCAACUGAUACUCUCAGCAAGAGGACAUCUCGCAGAAAAAUGCAGAAAAGUACAGAAAAACAGAGAACUCACCACUGCUCUGAGUGCGGACAGAGUUUUAUUGACAGAUUUCAUCUCCAAAAACACCAGCACGUUCACACAGGAGAAUAUAUGUGUGUAGAGUGUGGGGAGAGUUUUAAUCGGAUAAGUAAUCUCCAAGUGCACCAGCGCAUUCACACAGGAGAUAAACCGUAUCAAUGCUUAGAGUGUGGGAAACGUUUUAAUGUACAGAGUAAUCUCCAAAGACACCAGCGUGUUCACACAGGAGUGAAACCAUAUAACUGUUCAGACUGUGGGAAGAGUUUUACUGCACAGAGUAGUCUCCAAAGACACCAGCGCAUUCACACUGGAGAGAAACCCUAUUACUGUUCACAGUGUGGAACGAAAUUUAAUCAAAUGAGUCAUCUCCGAGAACACAAGCGCAUUCACACGGGAGUGAAACCGUUUCAGUGUUCCGAGUGUGGAAAGAGUUUUAACCAGAAGAGUGUUCUCCAGAGACACCAGCAUGUUCACACAGGAGAGAAACCAUAUUACUGUUCGCAAUGUGGAAUGAGUUUUACGGUACAGAGCAGUUUCCAAGAACACGAGCGCAUUCACACAGGAGAGAAACCGUUUCAGUGUUCAGAGUGUGGAAAAAACUUUAAUCGAAAGAAUGUUCUCCAAAGACACCAGCGCAUUCACACAGGAGAGAAACCGUAUCACUGUUUAGUGUGUAGAAUGGGUUUUACAGUAAAGAGCAGUCUCCAAAGACACCAGCGCGUUCACACAGGAGAGAAACCGUAUCAGUGCUCAGAAUGUGGAAGGAGUUUUUCACACAGUGGUUCCCUCAAAAAACACCGGAGCCUUCACACAGGAAAGGAAGCUGAACAGGGGGUCAGACAUUUACACUCUACUUCAACUUCCUUAACCUCUCGACAGCAGAUAAACCAGAAGCAGCAAAGUGGAGAGGAUUUAACUGACCCCCGAGACUAGAAAUGAAUCUGCCAAAAAAGUCAGCUCUUAAGAAAGAAAAUGUUUAUUAGUAGGAUGAGUUCAGUUUUUGGAACCUUUUAUUCAGAAAUGUGUGUGUGUUUGUGCAUAAUAUGUGUAUUACUCUACUUAGUGGUCAAAAUUUAAUUUGCCAUGAUAGAUGAAGUCUCUUUUUAUGAAUAAUAUUUAUUUUGAUGCAUAAUUUAUUAUAUUCUUUUGAUUGAUAUAGCACAGUAUUAGUUUAUAUAAUUAUGUGUUUGAAUAGAUUUAAUAUACUAUUAUAGAUAAUGUUAGCACCUCAGUCUGUUACAAUUAACCCCAUGUUUAGACAUGAAAAUGUGUAUAAGCAGUGAAAAAGGUAAAGAUUAGGAAACCAAGCCCAUGUAGCAGCGUCUGGCUGCAUUAUUCUUAAGAGAACAAUUAUGCUGAUUUUAACACAAAAUUCUGUUGCCCUCUGAGACUAAAAUACAGGUGUAACUGCUUUGGAAAUAUUUAGUUCAUUGAGUGUAACAUCUAUGCAAAUACAAAUCAUGUCCAAAUAUUGUACUAUUUUUUUUAGUUGUGUUGACUUCUUUGUCAAAAAUCUAUUGCGUACCAUUCCAAGGUCAAAAGGUCAAAUUUAGCAACUCCUCUUGAGACCCCACAUCUAUUGUAAAUAGAGACCCUUCUAAAAACUUUACCCAUAGUUCGAGCUCUAUAUGUAAUCUAAAAGACCUAAAUGUCACUCAAAGGCAUUUAGUGCUUGGACCCCGAUGAUCACCACUUAGGCCAUAGAAAUUAAUGUGUUUUACAAUUUCAAAUGCAAGUGUGUUGUUUUGUUUGCUAACAGUGUCAAGUUAACACAUGAUAAGCUUUUUUUCCACCCAUUCAUCAAAAGCUAAAAAAACUAAAAAUUACAUUUCUGAAUAUGCAAAAAUGAAACCAACUUCCGCUCACAAAACAUGGCUCUCUAUUCACCUUUUGGUAACAUUAAGUUCUUAUUGACCCAUAAAAAUUAAAUAAUAUAUCUGUGGGUUGGUGAGCUGCUAAUGUGCUGUUGUGUUUGGGGGGAGAAUAGUGACUCUCUGAAUACUUCACCUUUUUUCCAACUUCCAAAAUGUAAAAAUUCCUCAUAUCAUCAUGAUAAACAUAAAUAACAUAUUCAGCAUUCAAAAUGGCAAAAUUCCCCUCAACGUGACGAGUUUGUAUGUAUGCAUCUUUGGUGUAACAUUUUCACUCAUGCUACAUUUGUAUAUCGCUGUUGUCAGAAGAAAACCUUGCAUCUCCAAAAUGGUAAC